UGGUUACAACCAAGCCCAGUUUUCAUCAGGCCAUUCAACUCAGCGUGCUAUCAUGAUGCGUCAGAAAUCCAUGGGAGGGACCGAGGAGGAGAGGGUACAUCUCCAUCCUCCUACUAUGAAGCUGUCUCGUAGUCUUUCUGUGCCUGGACCAGAGGACAUCCCUCCUCCACCCGACACCUCAGCGCCUGAGCCUCCCCUGUCUGCCGGUGGCCACACAGACAGGAGAGCAGCACCAACACAUUUUUAUGCUGUUCCUCCUCUGCCUCCAUCACACCACCUGCCUCAUAGCCAGACACAGCACAGGGUCCCGCCCAACCGCAGGAUAAUUUUUAGUCCAGUGAUCCAGUAAGCGAAUGCAUUUAAACAAUCAGUCCAACUCCAAAACAGUGCUUGUAAAGAAAACCAGGCUGAUUACAUCAGAGA